AUGCAGACUUUGGUUACGGAGUAUCCACCCAGUAUUCGCAGUGGUAGUUGCUUUUCAGUGUACAAUCUCGGACUUCCCAUGAGCAACUGGGCGGCGGGGCCGGCAAGCAUGGGAAGCCUCGGCUCAUCGUCUCCACAGCGGCGUUGCGCAACCGCUGGCACGGAUUUGUCCAAUCGCGAAGGACUGGCCCCGAACCGACUCGAUGGGGCGCCCUGCAUGCGAAAACAAUCCUCGGGUUGCGGCGAAACACCCCAUGCCGAUGCUGUGUCGGAAGAGUAUGCUAAGCGGAAGCUCCAGUUCAUCAGCGAGAAGUACGAGGAGCUCAGGAAGCUCCACCACGAGCACGCAGCUGCGGAAGCUCGAAGCACAGAGGCGACGCUCAACAGCCUAAAAGCAGAAGCUCGUGCGCGUUCUGGGCAAGUGGACGAUGUCACAGGCGUGGAGGAGCGCAUGCAGGCGCAGCAUGUGGAGGCUGAAGCGAAGCGAAGCGCUGCCGCCUGGCGUUUGCAGUUGGUGCAGUCAGUGCUGAGACUACGGGAAGUGCAGGUUGCGGACUUGCAGCACGUGCAGCAUGUGCAAGCAGCCUCGAGUCCGGGCCGACAGUCUGCGGUGUGGCAGGACGACCGAGGUAUCGCCCGAAGGCCGAGGCCGCCUCUGAGGCCAUGUGAGGAGCCCGAGGCGGAAUGCCAAGCGGAGACGGCCCUUCCCACAACGAGCUCUCGAGACGUCCAGGUCGAAAGGCUAUGCACAAGGCUCGCAGAAACUUCCAGGGAGGUGGAAGGACGGAUCGGACGACUAAGAAGCAGCAAGAGGAUGGCAGAGUUGAUCUGCAGACAACAGCAAACAGCUCAGAAGCAGGCAUUUGCGGCCUCUGCUGCGGCUGAACUGCUCCGUGAGGCGGAGGCGGCGCAGGAUGCGGUAGACGAGGACCAGGAGCCGCUGAAGGGCCUUGGGGCGCGUCCGCAAGAUCCUCUUCCUUCUGCACCGGUCAGCUGUGUGCAGGGUGUCGCGCCCUCCUCGCCGAGUCAAGCACAGGCGCGAGAGGAGAAGGAGCUUUCUCAGACUGUGAAGCCUCCCAAGCCUUCCAAGUCUGUCCAAGCUCUGCCGGAGAUGUGGUCGCUUGUGCUGGAGGAGAUUGGCCGUGCCUCUCAGCGGUUGGAUUGGGCAGAGCGACGUGGCUCGGCUCCUUCGCCCGGCUCUCCCUCCGAGGCCGAGGCCUGCGCCGAGUGCAACGACACGGCUUCCGAGCGCAUCUGGCAGUCAGAUGCGGAACUGUCGCAACCAGCCAGCAUGAUGGAGGCCGUGCCGCAGCAUCUCCGUGCUGGCUCUCCGUCGGCUUGGGACGAGGAAUCCUCGACCUCGGCCUCCGAGGCUUCCGAUCACUUCGCCAUCGGCGAGGCCUACAGGCCGAAUCCCACGGAUAGAAUCGACCUCGCGCUGGCAGCUUUUCUGCGACAUCGGCGAAAUCGGCUGCGCAGGUCCCUCUUUUCCAGACUUGCACACGGGUUGUACCGCUACGGCACCCGACGAGCUCUUCUGCGCUUGGCCCUCUGCGGCCGAGAGCUGGAAGCAAAAGAGGCAACCGACAGCGACUCCGAUGCCUGGGAGCCGCUGGAGGAGUUUGCACGCCGUGUCGAGCGUGAGCAGAGCCGGCUGCUCCGACGGGCACGCGAGCGCGCAAAGGUCUUCACGUUGGAGUACGACCUGCUGUGCCCUGUGGCCUUGAAACAUUCUGCCGGCGUGCUUCUGCUAAACUUCGUCCUGCGGAUGUGGUACACCUCCAUGGUUGCUUGCGUCAUGCACAUCGUCGCACCACGCGAUCUACCUUUCGCCACCCAUUCCAUGAUUGUUGAGAACACCUUGACGGUCUCGGUACGGGAGGAAGAUACUGGAAUACUGAAGGAGGCUUGCCCAAUCUGCCUGGAGUGUUUUCAAGUCGGUGACAAGGUGCGAAGACUGCCCUGCAUGCACCUCUUCCACGUUGUGGGUGGCGAGUCUUCACACUGCCAGGGGCGGCACUGCAACAUCGAUAGGCAUCUGGUCCUGGACAAACAAUGUCCGGUCUGCAAAACACCUAUCGACGUCAUGGAGCGGAUGGAGCGUGAGAGUCAGCGGGAGGCUCAGGCGAACUCAGCAAACUCCCAAGCCUCUCAGCCAGAUGCAGGCGCAGACGGUCUUUCUGCGGACAGGCCGGCGGCGGAAGAGCCGCAAAUACAAGCACCGGAAGCGCCAGCGGCUGCAGGCCAGACGUCGGAGGAGGCCGACACAAGCGGAAACCGUUCCCUGGAGCCGGCGCUCUCUCCAGAACGCUUGCCGGAGCAGGCAGCAGAGCUCGAGCGAGUUGUCCGAAGCCUUCAGUCAAGAUGGCUACAAAUUCAGGAUGUUGUGGCUGGCGUCCAACAGAUGCUUCACUACAUCGAGGAUAGCCAAACUGCGCUAAACGCGGCCCGAAGUGGUGCAAGCAAUGUUCAAGGGCCGGAUGGUGCAGUGGAGACCCCACAGGUGGCGCCCUCGCCUCAACCUGAAGAGGCUCAUGUUGAAGCCAUGGACAGUCCGGCCGCGCCCAGUGCCCCGGGCGGCGCCCCUGAAGCAAGACCUGACGAACUGCAAGUGGAGAUCCAGUUCGAGGUGCAGGCCCCCAGCAUGCAAGCCUUCAGCCAUGAACAGGAGGUUGCCUGCUUCCAGCUAAGGAAGGCCGCAGAGAAGGUCGCAACUGCCUGCUACCAUAUGCCUAACCUCUACCUGGACGUGUCAACAUCGCAACGCGAGCCGCCUUGCUGCACGUGGCUGUCAGGUGCUCCUUGGACGCUGGAAGCCCGGCUCCGGAGUAUCGCCAGAAGCCGCAGCGGUUUCAACAGUUGCAGCACUGGGAGGCGUUUGGACACAGUGCGGAAGCCGCCAGUGCAAGUCAUUGUCCUUGCGAGGUUCUCUGAAGAUGACUCGCCUGAGGCGCAGGGGCCUAUUCAGUUUUCAGGAGUGCCGGAGUGGAGGGGCCCUGCCUUGCGCCCUCCUACCGUCCAGCCGUCUUCGCAGGAGUUGGACUCCAGUCAUGAGUCCGCACAAGCACUUGGCGAGCAGUACAUGGAGCAUCAGAUGCUUUACCGACCCUCGAGCUGCGCUUCGUCCGUGCACUUUGCCAUGGCAUCACUGCUCACUGCUCUCAGCAAGGACUGCAAGCCUCCGAGCACUUCCAGCUUGCACCCAACGAUCGCUUUGAGCCGAUUGGAUGGUUUGGUCAAGGCACAUGGUGAGGUUCCUUUUGAUGAGAUGCCUGAAGACGACAAGAUUUGGUACGACCGAGUGUUGUUCCACGACCACUUGCUGCGCGGGAGCUUCAAAUUUCGAGGCACCGCCUUGCUGGAGCACGACCUCGAAGUGGUCUCGCCGGCACAAGGCCUUUGCCAAACAGAUCCUGUCGGGGCGGCCCUGCCCAGUGUGGAGGAGGAGGAGCCGCUGCUGAUCUCCAAUCCCAGCUGUUCCAAGAGCCGAGCCCUGCAAGAGGCAUUGGAUGCGGCAGGCGUGAAGUACCGCGAUCGAUUCUACUUGCAGGCCCCUCUGAGUCUCAGCGAGUUGGAGACCUUGUCGGCUCGCCUGGAGGUGAAGGAGGGAUCGCCUGCAGGUGCACUAUGCCGCGACACCGGGCUUGUCGAAGCUUCGGCGGAAGAACAAAUCCUCGAGGCUGUGGCAGACAAUGCCGAGCUUCUGCAGCGACCGGUUCUUGUGAAAGGCCGGCGCGCUGCCCUUGGUCGUCCAUGUCCGGAGGAUGCCACGAGAUUGUCCCGGCCGAUGAAAGGUCAGAGCAUGGCCCGACACAGGAGGCGGGCACACGAGCAGCUUGGCAGCCCUUCACCUACACGGAGAAGGUUUGCAGUGCCUAUGUCUGGAGACGGAGGCGGCUUGGCCUUUUGCAGGCGUCAGCUUCCUCUGCGCCGGGUGCAUCCAGCACGUGACCUCGGUGCAGGUAAGUCAGUCCAUGAAUGCACCAAACAUUUCAGAGCAGCCUGGCCUAUGGCACCAGUGACAGCGAAAUCCGAGGCACCCUGCCAUGACCUACACAUCGGACACGGUCAUGGACAUCCGCACCAUUCUCCGACUCCGGCGUCUCCAAAGAAGAUGUUUCAACGCAUGGCACGGAGCUUGUCGCGAGAAGAAGACGCGGACAGGGCGAGGCGGCCGAAGUCGGACGAUGCAAAGAUCGGCGCAAGCAAGGCUCUCCGGAUCCUGGACAAGAUGCAGGACCGGUGUUGGUGCGUCACCGGUGCAGACCAUGGAGAGCUUUGUAUCCAGAACGAUUCGGUUUAUGGCGCUGCAGUUGUCUUGCCACAAGUUGCACGAAGUUGUGAGUGGCCUGGAACGCUGAUCGCAGCAGUCAGCCGCACCUAUUUCUAUACCUUCCUGAAUUUCGCGCUACAGGCUUUCCUGCUCAGCAUGAUUGCCGAAGAGCAGCAUUUCUGGUACCCUUUCGCUGGGCAAAUGCACUUGUGCAAUUACGGUGCAUCUAUGCAGGACUGUCCUGGUGCUCCCAACUGCGUCGGGCCUGGAGGAACGGCACUGUCCUACCCCAGGCUUUACGACUAUGACAUUUGGAGCACAAGAACUUUCCUGAAGCAGAGCAUGCAGGCUGUCCUCCACCUCGUUCCGGAGAGCAUCGACCAUGUGGACGCCGGAGAGUAUGGGAUGGAAAAUUUCAACUGCCGCUGUCUGUGCAUUUUCCUUUUCAUGCUCGCUGUCGUGGAUGACCUAGAAGACAACGUGAACUUGACCAGGACUUUGGCGAUGGUUCCAACGAGCACUGCGAGUUGGAUCGCCUUUGAGGUUCCCGAUUGGGGUAGCAAAGAGGAUGUGAAGGCAAUGCACGACUCGGAGGAGAAGCAUUUCAUUCGCUACGAAGUCUCAGGAAUGCCACUACAUUGGAAGUUGUUCAAUGCGUGCUUUAUCCUCUUGCCCAAGAUCCUACUUUGGCUGGCAUUGGUCCGCUCCGGUGUUCAUUAUCUGAUGGAGACUGCCGGGAUCGUUGAUGUGGUGGUCAACGCGAUGGCGUUAACCUUUGUCUUGCAAGUGGAUGAGAUCGUUUUCCAGAGGCUAUGCUCAACAGUGACCAAAGACAUCAUGUCGAAGCUGGACGCAAGAGCCCUGUAUGACUUGGACGAGGUCGACAAGGAAACGGAUGCAGAAGCACUGGCCUACUUCAACGAGGUGGAGCUGAGGAAAGGUUGGAAAAGUGUCAUUUUCCAGAUCUUCCCGACGAGAUUGUUUGUCAUCAUACUGUGCCAAUGCUUGUUCCUGUUGGACUAUUAUAUUUCCAACUGUGAAAAGCUCACAGAUGGCAGCUGGGUUUCCAAGGAUAUGCACCUGCCUGCGGACAUGGCCUACAAUCCGCUAUCUUUGAUGUUCGGAAUGCUUAGAGCAAGACACAGCUUCCUGGACGAUGCCGAAGUCGUGAGAUCUGGCAAUGUACAUAGCACCAGAAAGCCAGCCUGGAGGUGUGCUCACAAAGUUGAGUCAAUGCCCAUCGACGAGAGGGCUCACGCAGCGACGCCCGCACUUGCCUUCUUGUACAAAGCUUCGCACUCGAGAAGCUGUGAGCGGGACGAGCUAGGCGAGCGUCGCUGCGAGCUUGCAAAUGACCGCCAAAAGAUGAUUACCGCUACGAGCGCUCAAUCUUCUUCACCCUGCUUCUGCUAUCCCGAGGAGAAGACGCCAGCGCCCGGUUCGAACAGCAACGUGGAGCCAAAGGCAGGCAAGUGCGUUGCAGAACUCGUGGUACUCAUGCCGUAUGCCUUAUACGUUCAUGCAUAUCCAGUGUCGGCCUUUGGUGGCACAAGCACUUGUGCUCGUCUCGGAUGCGACAAUGCUUCCGACGAUUUGGCCGUAAUUGUCACGAAAUGUACAAUGCGUCAUGCAAAGCGUUUUGCAACUUGUCCUAUUCAUUCUGCUCUUCGUGUUCCACAAGCCGACCGCUAA